AUGGCGCUAAGAAUUGGUGCACGGUAUUUCGGGCUUUUGACCAAACCCCGUGAAAAACCUGCAUUUGUUAAUGAAAUCCAAAAAAAAAUGGACAGUAUGGACCUUGAGGGCAAACCUGGUGAGUUGUUGGCACCAAUCAGGAUUGAUAACCCUAGAAAACUGGCUGUGAAAAUGGUCGCAUUUAUGUGUCUGAGUUUCUUCCAGCCAUUCGUGGUAACAUACUUGCACAUACAGGGUAGUUGA